AUGCCUCCACUCAAGAAGAAGCGAAGGACUUCCCCUCUCGAGCACGCAGACGACUCCAGCGACGACAGCGAACUGUUAGAGUCGACACAACCGUCAUCUGCGUCAAAAGCUACGGAUCCUUCUUAUGUUCCUGUUCCGAGUAUUGUCGGAAGGACUUUUGCGUCGUGGCCGGAUUUCUUUUCGUUUUGGGAGCAGUUUGAAAGGCAACAUCUUGUUGUCUAUCGCACGAGAGACUGCCAGACUACGAAAGGGUACAAUAAGUCAAAGAUAAAUCACCCAGAGCGCCAGGCCCCUGAAUCAUUUGGCUACGCGUUUCGCAAAUACGUUUGCACUCUCGGCUGCAAGCAGAAGUCUCGGUCGACUGGAAAACGGGCUAAGCGGAAGGAACGAUAUCGCGCAUGCAAAGCAAUGUUUCGCGUCGCUGUUAUUCGUGCUAGUAGUGGUGACUUUUCAAGUAGUUCUAACUGGACCAUUACAGUAACAAGUGAGAACACGUGCCACAACCAUGUCAACACCGAGACGCUUUAUACUGCUUUGAAGCAGUGCAAGGACCUGUUGAGCGAGUCAGUGUUGUCCAUGCUGGACGCAUUCGGGCAGACCAACACGGACACUAAGCAAAUAGCCAGCUAUGUUGCUGACACGACUGCCAUUCGUAACGUGUACCGCUGCUGGAAUACGACACAGGUCUUCCAAUCUCUACGCAACAACAGUGCGGAGAAGCGCUUAAACGGUGUGCUGUCUGAAUUUGCUUCCACACAGGGAGAUGAAUGCGUGCUGCUGCAAGGCGAAUACGAUCAGACUAUCGGAAUUGUGAUGCAGACGAAAGCGCAGCGUGAUAUCUUCGCUCGCUGGGGCGAUACGCUGUCGCUGGACUGGACGCACAAUUGUACAAAUCUCAGCUUCUACGUCGUGGUUCAAGACGAAGAACCCAUCGUGGGGGUCGAUUGGAAAGUCUCAUCAUUGACAAAGACUUCACAGAGUGGUCUACGUUACGCGAGAUUUUUGCUUUGCCAAUUUCAUGCACAGCGUUAUGUGAAGAGAAUGAUUGCCGGCAAGAAGUACUUUGUGCUGCCCAAGUAUCGCGAUGAAAUCGAAGAGCUGUUUAAACAAAUGGUUUACGUCCCGACGAAGGAACAGUUCCAGAGCAGGUUGAAGCUGUUCGAACAGAGAACAAAGAAGGCUGCGCCAGGUGUUUUGCGUGAUUUUUCGACGGCGAUAAAUCUGUUUGAUGUGUGCCCUCCUGUGACGGACCCGCUACCGGCUGCGUUGCACCGCAUCGCUACAGUUCUGAGCCCGUACACGCUGAGGAAGGUGCAACAGCAAUGGGAGAGGUACAAGCUGAAUGGAAAUGCAUCACACACGCCUGCGUCGAGUAUCAUGCUUGCUUCGAAGAAACGGAUUGCUUUUUUGAAGCUGAAGAAGGGUGAGACCAGUGAUGAGACCGUACUCUCUGACUGCGAGAAGUACAACGUGGUUAGAGCGGAAGUUAUGCCGUUAGCUGACAGUCUUCAGAGCCUCCCGUCUGCUAAGUUCUACGAAACAUUUGCCGAUCUUCGCGCAACAGUAAGAACCUUCAAGAAGAAGUGGAGCUUGGACCGAGACUCUCUCUCAGAUGCGGGUGAAUCGGACGACGAGUCCGAUGCGAUGGGCCUGGAAUACGAGAUGGCAUGUGAAGGCGUUGGUAUCAUGAAUAACGCGCAACUUCCCGUUCGUACUUUGGAAGAAGCCGAUAUUUAUGAGCCUCCGAAGGACAACGCGAGCUCUCCCGUGAUACAGGGACUCGAUGGAGACGAUCUGCCGUCGUGUUGCUUAACAAACCCAUCCCAGACAUCCCUGCCGGACCUGACUAUCAGCGAGCAAUCACAAGAGGUGUUGCAACGGCAGCCAAGUGUUCAUUCAGCAACGUCUACAGCAUCUCUAUUGGCGCAGCCGGGGUUUCUUUUGGAGCUGGCGGGUGCUAUAGACAACAUGCAAGCUCUGCGAUUACCUGAAGCAUCCAGUUCACGGUCGAGAAACACUAAAAAGGGCAGCAAGUGGGCAAUCGCCGAGUGUCGAACCGAUUGUCCUGUUGAUCUUGAAGACUUCUUGAAGUGGAUUGACACUACGCCUGACGUUGAUUACGUCGGAAAAAUAGCUUCAAAUUACCCGGUUUGUUACAACAAGAGUUUCCUGCUCUCAAGAUCUCCAACGGUUCUUCAAAAGAGGGCAAGUGAAGUCAUUAAUAAUGCCAAUUUUGUCAUUCCAGUGGAGUUGUUGGAGCGUGUGAAUACUGCACUACUUCAUUGGACUUCAAAGCAGACCGAAACAGAAGAUUCAGAUGCUUCGCAAGACGAUGUGGUUCCAGCGGCAUUUGUGGCUUCUGAAAUGGGCGGCUUCUCCAUGAAUUACGUACGACUUGUGAAAAACUAUUACGCGUCCAUGAAGGCUGUUGAUGAUUAUCGAAUGGAUCUAGCAUGGUUGCGUGGAGGGUGGAGUAGUAUGACACCGAUGAAGCAUCAUUUUUUGAAGGAGGCACCGGCGUCACCUGCAGUGUUGUCACGUGAAGUUGCGCAACUAUUUCGCCAGUCGCCAUUGUCUCGGACGUUUGUCAUAUCUUCAGGGCCUGCAGGACGCAGUGUUACUUCAACACUUCGCCAUAUAGUGGGCAAGUUAGCGAGAAGCAAGCGUCUUAAUGACGCCGUGAUGGAUGCAGCGCUCUGGCAUGUGUCAACGUACUGCAAAACCUGCUACGCUAUCGACGCUAUCUCCGUUACUAACGAGAAGAGAUUCGUUCCAGACUUCUCUUUGGCGUCAUGCAACUACGUGCUGGUGCCUAUUCACAUGGCUGCCUUGAAGCACUGGAUUAUUCAAAUUGUGAAGAUUCAGAUGGCCGAUCCGGAUACGUCCAAGCACAAGAUAUGGGUAACUUUCUACGAUCCAUUAGGCGUGGCGUCUAACUUAGAUGUGUGUCAAGCAAAGUGGAUAUCGUUCACGCUUCCACUACUUCAACAAUGGUUUGAUCGAGAUCAAGACAGAGAGAAGUUGCGCAAGUGGGUGUCUAUUCUGGUGACAACAAAACGCCAGAUUAACUCGGGGGACAGCAAAGCAGUCACAACAACUAGGCCAAAUGAUGAUGGUGCAGCGCCCAUGACCUCUCCGUGCUCGUUACCUGAAAUUGUUGCAGUUCCGGCUACGACCCCCAAGCAAGUAGACAGUCUACGUGACUCGCGUGCGAUCGCUGAAGGCAUGUAG